UAAACUGUCUUAAACCAUUCAACCAAACGUCUCCUUAACUUUUUCUCCUGGGUUUAUUGCCGACUAAAAUGAAACGGGGAGCUGAUGGCGGCGUGUUCGUGGAGCUUGAGCUCGGUGACGCAGCGUUGAAUUUCAACCUAGAAAAAGCUGUGUGUAGCCAUGGGCUAUUCAUGAUGGCGCCCAACCACUGGGACCCUCACUCCAAAACCCUCACACCGCCUUAAUCUCCACGAUGACGACCAAACCUCCGUCACGGUUCACGUUUCCCACCCUCCUCACUCGCCCCACGCGCUUCAUCUCCGCGUUUUCGGAAUCCACACCCUCACCCUUCAUCAGCACCAAUCGUUAAUGAGUCAAGUUAGGAGGAUGCUGAGAUUAUCAGAUGAAGAACAUAAGAGGGUGAUUGCGUUCCAUAAUGUGCACGCACAAGCAAAAGGGAGUGGAUUCGGGAGAGUGUUCCGAUCGCCUACCUUGUUUGAGGACAUGGUCAAGUGCAUUCUCCUGUGCAAUUGCCAGUGGCCGAGAACUCUGAGCAUGGCCCAAGCACUAUGCGACCUUCAAGCAGAAUUGCAGCAUCAGUUACCUAGAGCAUCAAAUACUGAAACCGGAAUAAUUUCAAGCUGCCAAUCCAACAAUAUCAAGUCUUUUGCUCCGGAAACACCUUAUGGAAAAGAAUCAAAGAGAAAGCCUCACAAAUGCCUACCGAAAUUAGCAAACAAAUAUGCUAAAAAACUAGGAGAUGAAGAAUCUGAGAUGAAGAUUAGUACAGCUGUAAUAUUGGAAAGUUCAAUCUUCGUGUUGGAGGAGACAGGGGACGACUUCCUUGGGCAAUGUAAUCCUUCCACGACUUCAACUGACGAUUCUCUUCAGAGUACAGAAGUGGCAGAAAAUGACAGCAGCUCCGCGGUUGGGAACUUUCCGAGCCCCAGAGAAUUGUCUAGACUUGACGAGAACUUUUUGGCUAAGCGCUGCGGUCUCGGUUACAGGGCAGGCCGUGUGAUAAAGCUUGCUCAGGGUGUCGUUGAAGGCAGAAUUCAAUUGAGAGAGCUAGAGUGCGAGGGUGGUACGUUGAGCUUGUCUGACUAUGAUAAGUUGGCCGAGAAGCUGAGAUCCAUCGACGGUUUCGGGCCAUUCACAUGUGCUAAUGUUCUGAUGUGCUUGGGCUUCUACCAUGUGAUUCCAACAGAUUCAGAAACUAUGAGGCAUUUGAAACAGGUCCAUGCGAAGAGAUCCUCGGCUCGAACAAUCCAACAAGAUCUUGAAAACAUCUAUGGAAAAUAUGCACCAUUUCAGUUCUUAGCUUUCUGGUCAGAAAUUUGGGAUUUCUAUGAAGAAAGAUUUGGUAAGCUAAGUGAAAUGGGACAUUCUAGCUAUAAACUGAUAACUGCAGCAAAUAUGAGAGGUAAGGCAAGAAAAGGAAAAUGUCAGGUGUCUGUAGCUUGUUAGUGUCAAAUUUCUUUGUCCUACUUAUUUAUUUUUCUAAUUUUCUAGCCAAAUAGUCAAUGUGAAUGUAAACAUGUAAUCAUCCCUUGUUAUAUUCAAGUGUGAUAGUGUAUGUUUUUAUGUUGAA